AUGAUUUCAAUUAUCCCGGCUCAGACAGACAUUGUAAAAACACGCCGCAUCGGAGGCACCGCCGUGGAAGACGGGAACGACGAUGCCACCUACCUUGAGCUGGGCAGCCGUCCUCCUGUCGCUGAUCCCCGGGAAGAGAUGCGGCUCAACAAUGAGAUUCAGGUUCUGGUUCUGAGCAGGUUUCUAGUGACUGACACUGAAAUGGACGCUUGUGAUGACAUAAGAAAUGCAGAUGAGAGUUCCAGCAGCUGGAAUCUUCUUCAUGAGGUGGUGCAGUUGCAAGCGUUCCUCAGCAGUCUGACCAAAAGUCUGACCAAAAGUCUGAUCAAAAGUCUGACCAAAAGUCCGACCAAAAGUCCGACCAAAAGCCCGACCAAAAGUCCGACCAAAAGUCUGAUCAAAAGUCCGACCAAAAGUCCGACCAAAAGUCCGACCAAAAGUCCGACCAAAAGUCCGACCAAAAGUCUGACCAAAAGUCCGACCAAAAGUCCGACCAAAAGUCUGACCAAAAGUCUGAUGAAAAGUCUGACCAAAAGUCCGAUCAAAAGUCCGACCAAAAGUCCGACCAAAAGUCUGACCAAAAGUCUGACCAAAAGUCUGAUCAAAAGUCCGACCAAAAGUCCGACCAAAAGUCCGACCAAAAGUCUGACCAAAAGUCUGACCAAAAGUCUGAUCAAAAGUCCGACCAAAAGUCCGACCAAAAGUCCGACCAAAAGUUUGACCAAAAGUCUGACCAAAAGUCUGAUCAAAAGUCCGACCAAAAGUCCGACCAAAAGUCUGAUCAAAAGUCCGACCAAAAAAAAGUCUGACCAAAAGUCUGACCAAAAGUCUGAUCAAAAGUCUGACCAAAAGUCCGACCAAAAGUCUGACCAAAAGUCUGAUCAAAAGUCCGACCAAAAGUCCGACCAAAAGUCCGACCAAAAGUCCGACCAAAAGUCCGACCAAAAGUCUGACCAAAAGUCUGAUCAAAAGUCCGACCAAAAGUCCGACCAAAAGUCCGACCAAAAGUCCGACCAAAAGUCCGACCAAAAGUCUGACCAAAAGUCUGACCAAAAGUCUGACCAAAAGUCUGAUCAAAAGUCCGACCAAAAGUCCGACCAAAAGUCUGAUCAAAAGUCCGACCAAAAGUCUGACCAAAAGUCCGACCAAAAGUCUGACCAAAAGUCUGACCAAAAGUCCGACCAAAAGUCUGAUCAAAAGUCCGACCAAAAGUCUGACCAAAAGUCUGACCAAAAGUCCGCGUACGACAGGCACCCAAAAUGUGGGUUCCUGCAGGACCUGGAGUAG